AUGCCUCCCCCAACGCCCACUUCUACAGAGACAAUCAACAUCCCUACUUUUGGAGAUGUGAAGGGUCUCGUGUAUCCCAGUGGAGCACGUCAGUUCCGCGGCAUACCUUAUGCCAAGCUCACGAAACGAUGGACUCGGGCUACGCUGAACACGUCUCUGCAAGAUGGCUUUCAUGACGGAACACAGCACGGACCAAUAUGCCCGCAACCUCCUCAAUAUACCUGGGGCAGCGAACUGGUUCCUGUGCCACCCAUUCCGUACUUCAAAGAGGACAUCGAAGAUGAGCUGAACUGCCUCAACCUUAACAUUGUCCUGCCGCACGCCUCAAAGACCAAGAACCUCCCCGUCAUGGUCUGGAUCCACGGUGGCUCGCUCCUGUUCGGCUCCUCCACCAACCCAUGUUAUGACAUGGUAAAGCUGGUCGACUACUCGUCCUCAAUCGGCGCCCCCAUCGUCGGCGUCACUAUCAACUACCGCGUCGGGCUCUUCGGCUUCCUCGCUUCCGAGGCCAUCGCCAACGACCUUAAGGCAGACGGCCUCGCAGGCGUCGGCAACUUCGGCCUCACCGACCAGCAGACGGCACUGCAUUGGGUGCACCGCUACAUAUCCAGCGUCGGCGGCGACGCGGGCAACGUCACGAUCUUCGGCGAGAGCGCGGGCGGUAUGAGCGUCGCUCAUCAGGUCUGGGCGCGCGAGCCUGCGCCAUUCGCUCGCGCUAUCAGCAUGUCGGGGACUAUCAACACGAUCCCGGUCUGGUCGCUCGAGGAGCACGAGAGGCGGUUCCGGGGCUUGUUGAGGCACCUCAAGAUCGAGGGUGCGGCCGAUAGUGCGGCGCUGGCGGCGCUGCGGGACGCGCCGCAGGAGGCGAUUGCUGCGGCGACAUGCGAGAUCGAGGGGUCCAUGGGGACGACGGGGAACCCGUGUAACGAUGGGUGGUACCACUCGUAUCGGCCUUCGUUGCAAGACGGGGGCAUAAUCUCACCGCCGGAGUGGCUACAGGGGUACAUGAUUGGUGAUGUCAAAGACGAGGCGGCCAUGUUUCGUGGCAGCUUGCACGACCAAAACUACGCAUCCAUCCUGGGCCACCUGAGUGGAUUCCUGGGAGAGAAGCAUGCUGCGGAUGUGCUGCAGAGGUACGGCAUAACAGAUGACCUGUCGCACGAGGAACUUGGUCUGCGCUUCGAGAACAUGGCGACUGAGUGUGUGUUCUGGCUGCACACCUACUUGCACGCACAUGCGUCGAAAGUGGACAGGACAUACGCAUACCAUUUUGAUCAGGUCUCACAACUAGAGACUUCGUUCAAGGGUCUGGCUCACCAUGCGGCUGAGUUGGUCUUUGUUUUUCAAACCCUGGAAGACAAGAUGACGCAUGAGGAGAUGAAGUUGUCGCGGAAAUUGGGGGCGGAUUUCAUUCGGUUCGCACAUGGUACCGAUCCUUGGAGGAGGUUUGGACAGGGGAAUUGGAUGGUCUAUGGGCCAGACGACAAAUGGGCGGUCAAGACCGAAGACGAGGACAAGGCCGUGAGGAACUAUGCACGCAUGGUGAGCAUCCUCGAUGACGGCUUGUUCCCAAAGUGGGCUGAAGCGAUCGACUACGUGAUCAACAGGAGGUGGUUCUUAGGUGCUGUCCUGCCGAGUAAGGACAUGUAG